CAGUAGUCCAGCCUUGCUCCCAGUCCCACAGCAUUGAUUCUAGAUGUCAUGUGCAACGUCCUCAACACCCAGAACAGCAGAACCUCAAACUCCGUUGGUCUAGAACAGAGCCGCGCACUACUCUAUGCAAAAUGAUACUGAGACCAGCCUCUCCUGGAAGAGGCAACAGCAUUCGCCUGAUCCGAAAGCCGUGGCAAGUGCCUCAUUGGCAAACCCGCGUUUCCCCCAACGCCCUCUCCCAAAGCCUUGGGUUCCUGCCAGACACUUUUCUGAAACCCCGUCCACCACCGCCGCCGCCUCGCGCCUCGCGCCUCGCGCCUCACCGAUGUGCAAAACCCCUCAAAGUCAAAAACAAACACUGCAGCAACAAGCAAGACCCCUGAUCCUCCGGAAAUCCUCAAUACGCCCAACGGACAAUCCACCCACUCGCCCGCCAUCUCCGUGUGGAACCUACAGAAUGCAGCAUCCUAUCUCACGACAACGGCGCUGACCACCCACCCACGCCCGCACCCGCACCUCGGAUACGCCCGAAUGCGCUGCGUGAACCGCCGUCUUGCUCGCAGACCC